GCAGCAGCAGCCACUCCCCGCCCAUUCAGCGGACGAAUACGUCCAGAGACGCACGUCGCAGGCCGACGAGCCUAGGCGGGCUGCGGAGGAAUCGUGCGCUGAAUAGGAGCGCGUCGCUAAAAGACAGACAGACGCGCGCCCGCAGCAUGAACAACUGCGCCGAAUCGCCGGGAAGCGACAGGUAUGUGCUGCUAAACGAAAAGCAGAUAGAUGGCCGCGUGGCGCCCGCUGAGUUAGACAACGGCAACAAGCGACGGACUCAGAGCGUGCGCGACUGGAUGAAGCCCAGAAUGGACUUUGCGAUGGACGAGGAGUUUCGCCCCCGCGUGUCUUCGUGCCCGACGCGGCCCCGGCCUCGCCACACCGCGUCGACACUGCAUCCACUCUCGGCGAGCGCCGAGAAUUCGAACGAGGACAUCUACAGAGUGCGUUGCUUCACCGUCUCGUCGAAGGGCGACGUGGUGAACCGCCUCGACUCGAUCCGCUCGCGCAGUAACCGCAGCAUCAACAGCACGCACAGUUCGUCGAGCAUGGGCAGCGGCUCGGACUGCAAGGAGGCGAGGGCGGGCGGAAUUUCGCCAGCGACCAUGUCGCGGGCGAGCACACCGCAUUCAGAAGUAGGCCUAGGUGAUAACACGCCCCUGCAUAGAGUGUUCAUACUCGGUUCGGCGGGAGUCGGCAAGACGGCACUCGUCGAUCAGUUCAUGUCGUGCGAAUAUAAAAACACCUACGAGAGCGAUUCUCCGAUUGACAGCCCUGAGAAAACCGUAUCUGUAAUGCUGGAUGGGGAAGAGUCAGACAUAAUUUUUAACGAGAUGACGAUGGACGCCUUUGGUCGCGACAUAACCAUCGUCAGGAGGGAAUCUGAUGGCUACGUCAUCGUAUACUCUAUUACUGAGCGUACGACGUUCGAGCGAGCUGUCGAUGUGUUGUACACGCUGCAUCAAUACGAUGAGAUUAAAUAUAAGGCUGCUAUUCUCGUCGGCAACAAAAGCGAUCUCGCGAGAAGCAGAGUAGUUUCUCAUGAAGAAGCGAUUGCGGUGGCGAAGACGUACGCUUGUAAGCUGGCAGAGGUUUCCGCCGGUAUCAACCACAAAGUGGACGAGCUUUUAGUAGGUGUAGUCAAGCAGGCUCGCAUAAAGCGCGUGAAGUUGAUUGAAGACCAGGGAGCUUUUCAUCGAAAGGAGCACCAUCGACAUCGUUCCGGCGCUAAGAUACUGCUCGAUAAGAUAUUUCAUAACAAGCAUUUACCAUUUUCAACACGAUCGUGUGAAAACUUGUAUACAGUCUAAACCACAAACUCUAUGAACACAUCUCCUAGAAGUAGUAGUAGUACUGUAGUAGUAUUUAAGACGCGUAUAGAUGCCUUUGAUUUUCAUAAGGUAAUAGCGAAAGGUACAUAUCUUUACAUUCAAAAACGACUUCCAAACAAAAACGACAAAGGUACACCGUUUACAAGCAAAUGUAUAUUAUUUGGAGUGAUAAGGGUUGUAACGAGCAUGCUACGUGCAUUAGAUUUAACACACCAACAUCUCUACGUAUGAAUAAGCUUUCACUCAGCAUCCACUGAAUCGGAAGAAAGUGGAAUCGGGGUUUCGUACAUAUAAAUCCCUCGUUGAUGAGUGAACUUUACUAUUAAUGCGAUAGAAGCUUCGAGGGGGAGCGUGUAUAUACGUACAGUAAUGCGACCAGUCGGAUUAAAUGGACUAUAAGUGGUUUUCCAUAAGUUCCACCGAGUGAGGGGAUAUAUCGUGAUAACAGGUGAUUCGCAAUUUUGUUUCGGUGUCAUAGAACACACUUAGGGUAAGAUCCGAGUUGGGGUUACAGUUAAGCUUAGCUCAUGCACACAGACCUUGAUAUUCCAUGAAUCGAUUGAAUUUAGCUGAAUUGAUUGAAACAGCUGUGAGAAAGCAUUGCAUUGCCUGAACUCGGUGUUCAACUCGCAUGCGCGAAGUAUUGCGGGUGCCGGAUCAUCCAACGGGCCAUGCGUUUCUAUUUGUGUUCUGCUACUUACAAGGGCGAGUGAAGCAAACUGUAGAAAUAGUGAAACAAUGUAUUUAAAUAUUUCCUCUGACGGCCCGUGUUACGAAUAAUUAUAACGUAGUCGACUCACGGCAAAACGGCAAAUGUAAAGGUUUCCAGUAAGUUUCCUUGAACGACAGAGUAAUAUGACGUUAAAGGCUUUAUAGUGCACCGUGCUUGCGACGAAGACCAGAUGAUUUCAUAACAACAUUCGAUUUUUAAGUUAAAAGUAAAGAUUUCCGAUAUAAAAUUCCGAUGUUUAAAGUAAUUGACUCCAUGGCAUAUAUGACUUCGUAAAGAACAACUAGUGUUUCUGUAACCAACCACUGCAGGGAAAUAAUAACGCGCUUAAUAUAAUAACAUGGAUUUAAUAACCAAAUAUAGUAAGAUUCUAUAUAUAAAACUUUUCGUAAAUGUUUCAAACAUUUUGAUGUAAAUUGUGCCUUCUACCAAAACUAUAUCAAUACUAGUAGUAAUAUAUUUUUGCUUUUACAUAUCUAUAGUUUACACGCAAUGUAUACACCUUUCUGUGUGGCCUUCUAUCCUUUGGAGAAUGAACCAGCAAGUCUUUCUUUGUUACGUUUUCUAAGCUAGUCAACACAUUAACUUUUAACAUAGUACGAAUCAUUGUUAUUGCUAAUUCCAAGGCAAGGUCAGGCGAGUGCGCCAUAAUGCUUAAUUUGUAUGAUAAAUUUUGAUUGAAAUAUUUCCUAUGAUGAACGAGAAACUUUUAAUGAUGAUAUUUUACCAUAAUGCGAAUGCGGCUUCCUUGAUGAAUUCUUACAGUUCUAAUGUAUAUUUGUGGCUACAGAUAUGUGUUUGUUGCAUGUGGAGGUUUAAGUCGUGUUGUUUGCUAGCAUGUGUGAGGAUCCUACGUCUCCGCGUGCAUUUUACGAGAUAAGAGAUACAUAUCAUGACAAUUACUAAUUGUAACUUAUAAAUGUAACGUCUAAUUAAUGCGUUCUACGUAUUUUACUUGUACAAGGUCAUUUCUUUGUUUGUUUUCUCUAACACUUUAGGAUAUUUUAAAUUUAUAAUUCAACGUUGUGUUGUGCUUGGAAUGAAUAAUUUCAUUUCUAAUAUUAUGCGAUUUCAAAAUUAACUGUAUUUUAAUUGCCUACUACAUUCUCAUUAUGUUAUGGUCAGUACUGUAAACAUUGUGUUUCUGUAUUAAAGUUGUCGUUGUAUUCUGUCA